AUGGGCAGCGCCGCUCCCAAGUACGACCCAAACUUCACACAGCAUGUCAUUGAUGCGACUGGCCCUAAGGCCAACCCUCGUGUCAAGGAGGUCCUCUCCAGUCUGAUCCGCCAUCUUCACGACUGGGCGCGAGAGGUAGACCUCACGGCGGACGAAUGGAUGGAAGGUGUCAACAUGAUCAACUGGUCUGGACAGAUGUCGGAUGAGAAGCGCAACGAAGGCCAGCUCAUGUGUGAUGUUCUUGGUAUCGAAUCCUUGGUCGACGAGAUUACCUACAAGAAGGCUGCCGAGGCUGCAGAUGUAGCAACAGCCAGCGCCAUCCUGGGUCCCUUCUUCCGUCACGACCAUCCCACACUUCCAAAGGGCGCCAACAUUAGCCACGACACGCCCGCGGAUGCCGAGCCAGUGUACAUGCACGGUAAAGUGAUGUGUGCAAAGACCAAGAAACCGCUCAAGGGCGCAACAAUCGAUGUAUGGGAGUGCUCGACGAACGGCUACUAUGAGCAACAAGAUCCCAACCAGAAAGAUCUGAACCUCCGAGGCAAGUUUGAGACGGAUGAGAACGGCGAAUAUGCGUACUACGCCAUUCGGCCAACACCAUACCCCAUCCCAUACGACGGACCGGCCGGCAAGCUUCUGCAGCUUCUGGAUCGUCACCCAUACCGUCCGGCGCACAUUCACUUGAUUGUUCUCGUGGAAGGCUACAAGCCCAUCACGACCCAGAUUUUCGACAAGGACAGCCCGUAUCUUGACGAUGACUCGGUUUUUGCUGUGAAGGACUCCCUUGUUGUUGACUUUGUGCCUCUCGAGGGUGACAAGACUGCUAAGAAGCAGCUCAAGUACGACAUCAUGAUGGCUCCAUUGGAUUCUAAGUCAGAAGAUGACGGGCAGCAAUUCCAGCAGAAUUCUUACGGUGAAGUCAACGACGCUGGAAUGCCAGGAGACACGGAUCCAUCCCGACGUCUCACAUUGGACAACGCUCUGGCCGUGGACUUAGCUCGAGACACUACGACGAAAGAUGCAGAAAUUGCUAUUGAGUCACUUCUCGAAUUGUCUGGCGGUAGAUCUGCCGCAAGGACCCCCACCCUGGAAGCAAUACCUGACAUGAUGUUCAACCCUCACCCAAUAACGCAUGCUGAUCCAGGCAGCGGCGUUGAUGUUCAAGAUCCUGCAUCAAGAGCUCCUGUUCCUAAGCUAGCACGUCUACUAAAAGAUGGCCAUGGCAAGUUCAUAUUCGUCGGAGACUCGUCGAACCUGGCAUUCGUCCAAAACAUCCGCAGAUUAGUCAAGGCGGAGAUUGGGGAAAGUGGUCUCACCAGGGAUCCCUUGAGACAUGCCAUGGUGGAAGUCAACGCCAGCAUACCUCUACCCAAGGGUCGGAAAGUGAAGCGGCCCUCAGCGAGCGAGGCUCGGAACCUGGUCAGGCACUACCUGCUCGCCUCCAGCGGCUUCAUUGACCUGUUCGAACAAGGCGAGAUCCUCGAAUCUGUGAGCCGUUGGGCUGCUCUGCCGGAGAAAGAAGAAGACGGCAUCGAGGCCAGUAUAUAUUAUCUCGUUCUUGCCAUCGGCACGCAAGUCAAGCUCGGGUCCGAGGGAAGAGAGGUCAACGAGCAAGGAGUCAGCCCUGGUGUCGACGGCGCGCCUUCUGUUGCUGAAGUGUACCUGCAACGGGGGCGUGAACUGGUAGCCGCCAGCUUCAUGGACGAUCCGUCCGUCAUGACGAUCCAGAGCUACGCCCUCAUCACGUUUUUCAUGCUCACUGCGUGUCGGCGAAAUGGUGCGUUCAUGCUACUCGGUAUCGCCGUGCGAGCGGCAUAUGCACUGGGUCUGCACAGAGGCGACAUCAGCCGGCUCUUCGAGCAGAAAGAGCGUGAGACUAGAGAACGAGUGUGGAAGAGCUUGCGCAUGUUGGACUUAUACAUGAGUGCCAGUCUUGGUCGACCGCCUGCGACGAGUGAAGUGGACGGCGGGAGUGUGAGUUGGGACGCAAAGUCAAGAGACUAUGAGACUAUCCAAAUGGCAGGGCUCAACAGCUCGGCAAUGCUGAGGAUAUGCUUCAUCUUCGAGCGCAUCAUGAACGAGGUCUACUGCCGGAGGGAAGUAAGCGUACAGCUUGUUGAGAGCAUAAGUCGGCAGUACAGGGAUUGGACGCUACAGCUUCCUGCUGGUCUGCACCAAGACGGGCUGGAUCAAACGCCUGGCAGUGGUUCGCCGACGUUGCAGCAGACCAUCGGUGUUGCACAUUUGAAAAGCGCGUACUACUGGAGCAUCAUUCUGUUGACGCGGCCGUUCUUGAUAUUCAAGGUCAGUGGGAAGCUGAAGAGGCGGAGGAAACAGCAGCAGUUGCAUUCCAACCAGCAACAGAGCAUGACCGGCGGCGGCGAAGAAGAGGAGGAGGAUAAGGCCGGACCAGCUGUCGCGAGUGGCAGCAGCAGUGAGGUCACCAGUACUCUGAGCGAGGCUUGCAUCGAUGCAGCGCUGAGGAGCGUGGAGAUCGCGAGCGAUCUCGUGCACACGCCUGGCGUACCAAAGCGAUUGUUUGUGGUCACCAACUCUUCAUUUGUAAGCGCCAUGGUGAUUGGCUUCUCCAUUUUUGGAGACUUCGACCGCAACUUUCCUCUCCUCAGCAGCCUCGACCAGGCAAUCUCUGUCCUGUCCGUCAUGGCCAGAGACGACCCAUCCGCGCGACGAUACGAGCAGAUUACCGGCCACCUCCGCGAUGCUGCCAUGGAACACAUUCGUCGCCGAGAACAACGAGAAUUGCACAGGCGGCGGAAAGAUAUUCACAACAUCUUCGGCGACCCGAUCAAGGAGACUCCCGAAUUGCCGAAACUCGCUGAUCAGAAUCAAAACCAGAACCAGAAUCAGAUGCAGCAGCAGCAGCCGAUGAACGACAUGAUGACACAGGGCUUUGACACAGGGUUCGGUAUCUUCAACGAUGCGAUACAACAGCAGGAGCCGUGGUCGAUCAACUUCGACAUGCCUGCUGAGGGGCGAGGGCCAGUGUUGACCACGUCUGGGAACCUGGCAGAUGAGGCUGAAGCGCAACAGCAGUUCGCUUUCCCGACUUAUGGUUUCGAUCAAUUGGCAGGAUUGAACGAAGUCUCUCCGGCUGGGUCUGGAAUACCCAGCCUCCCAUCGUAUGCGGAGGAAUUUCCGCUGUUCUCGUUGAUGACGGACUAUGAUCAGCUGCAGGAUCCUUACCAGAUGGGCGUGACUUGA